CUUAACUCGGGUUAAUUACUCCAAAUAAUUAAAAACGACAAAAGUCGUUCAUGUUAUUUUUUUUAAACAUGUAAUAAUCUUUAUACCAUAUUUAUCAUGAAAACAAUGAUUUUUCUAGAUGGUUCUUGCAAAUUUUUUGAAUCUAUAUCUAACAAAAAUCCAACAUGAUUUCUUUCUUACUUCCGUUUAAUAUAUUCUUUGUUUAAAUUUAAAGUACGUCAACAUUAAAUUUUCACAUGAAACAUGAAAAAGAAUCGGGUGAAACAACUUAACGUUGGUACAUUACAGAAUGAUUUUUCAAUAAAGCCUUACGGAUUUUGCUGCAAUAUUAAAGACUAUGAUCCAAGAUUAUUCGUAUCGAAAGAGUCUGAGCCACUUUUCCUUUCAAACGAUCCAACCGAAGGAGGACCUAAUAUUAAAUUCCGCAUUCAAGAACAUAACGAUAUUGAAUCUUCCAGUCAACGAAGUACUCAAAGAAAUGCUCAACGAAGUGGACUUCGAACUAGAUAUCGAAGUCGAAGUGGCCAACAAGUUAUUUGGAGCGAUCAAACGUAUGGUCGCCGUAGACAACGAAUUCCCUUUACUUCAAGAGCCCCUACCGCCAAAAAAGAUAAAAUUAUUGAACCUUCAGUUGAACUAAUGAUAUGUAAACGAUGUAGGGGACCACUUCGAUGGUAUUUAGAAGAUGAAAUAGCAGCUGCUCGUGACAUUAUAAUGAAAAAAAAGCAAGAAAUAUACAAUGCAGAAAUGGAAAAAAAUAUCAAACUUGCUAAGAAAAAGGAAAAGAGAAGACGACAAAGGAAGAAAAAAAAGUUUAGCAAAUAUGAAGAUAAACUCAAAGACACGCCUAAAGAAGAUAUACGUUACGAUGAAUCGAAAAAUAUAACAUAA